GUUUCUGUGAGGAAUAGGGAGCCAAACCUGUUACACUUUGCCUUGAAGGUUCUCCAACUUCAUCCUCAUAAGCUUCCAAGACUUCAGCCUCAGCGCAUGCUGCUUCAGCAGCAGUCCGUACCUUCAGCGCGUCAAGCUGCUGGCAGCGCACGUUUAAGCCGAGCAGGAUCUUCUGAAACAUUGAAACCACAAGAAGCUAGCUUGACUGGCCCACCUUAAAGUCGUCAUGUACCAAGCUCAUGCUGCCGCCCAGCCAGGAGACCACUCCGUGCAAAGCAGGCAGGUCAUGGAGGACUCGGAGGUCUGUUCCCUGCCUGGGGGGGUCGCCGGUGUGAUGAAACAAUUUGAGACCCAGGAAACUGCCACAUCACAUGUAAACCACUUCCAUUUCCAGCACAGAAGUGUGCAGAAAAUGUCAAACUCAGAGGUCUCAGUGUCAAGCGGCGGCCAACAGGUGGUCACAGGCAGUCAGCAACUACUUUCCAGCCAAGAAACAAUGGUGUCGGACAGUGACAAUAACUUGGAAUACAGUCAUAAAGACCAUGAAAAUGAAGAAGAGGACUUUCCCAGGUACACAACAAAAGAACUCAGGGAUCACUUUGAAAGAACCAUAGAGGAGGCAGCCCCACACAAACAAAUUAAGAUUGGACGUGACAUCAAUCGGUCUAACUGGUCCUCAAAUGUGAGCCAAAACACCACAGUAACUAAUGAGGUGCACCAUGUGGCCGAAUCAGAUGAAACAAUGGGAGCCAUUAUUGAUUACGAGGACUUUCCACCACCACCACCGCCAGCAGUUGAAGAUGCUGAUUACCUUCCACCUCCACCGCCAGAUUUACUUCAAAUGCCAUCAGACUGUGAAAAUAUUCCAGCCAACAAAUACUCACCUGAGCUUCAAAGACCUGCAAAUCCGUCAAAAAUUGUUCUUAGCAAAGAUGCUUACUUAAAGCAAAAGGGCAUGUCUGAGCUGAAGCGUCUUUACAAGCACAUUCAUCCAGAGCUUCGGAGAAAUAUAGAGGAGGACUUUUACAAUGAGUACCAUGAAGCUGUGAACAACCAGCGUUACGGCCAAGAGUAUAUGUAUGAGGAGGAUGCUGAUGUCACUGAUGAAGAAUACGAAUGGGAAGAGAUUCUGCCUGGUGACGUUCAGGCAAGGCGUUGGAUUUUUGAAAAUAAGCCACUGGAUGCCAUCAAGGAUGAGUACCCAGAUGAAGACGAAGACAACAAAAAGAUUAGCGAAAAAGAAAUGAUUCUCGGAAAGGAUGUGCGACGUACGGCGUGGAUGUUCGAAACCAAGACGAUGGAUGAGCUGGGUCCACGUGACACCAGUUCCACAGAAUAUAAAUUCAACAAACUUGACAAGGGAGACGUCCGUGCUGCAGCGUGGUUGUUUGAAACCCAAACAUUGAACAGUGUGAAUAAAAUGCACAAAGAGGAGGAGCUGACGAAAGAGAUUAUUUUCACAGAAGAGGAUGGUAACGCCACCAUUUACAUGGUUGAAAAUAAGUACAUGGAAAGCCUGGGGCACACAGAGACCAUUGACGAGAGCCACCUGCUGAGUUUGAGAAUGGUUUUAGAAGAAAUCGAUGACGAGGUAAAAACUAUCACAAGCACCUUUGACACUCGCUUUAAAUGCAUCAUCAUGGGACAGUCGAGUCAGAUGUUAGAAAUUAAAUCAGUGCGUAAAAUUGAAACCGAACUGGAAAACUCGAUUGCUUCACGUUGGCUUUUUGACACUCAACCUCUUGAUGUGAACAACCCCCCUUCCUCUUUGAAACUUGUGUGUAGUCUUUCCAUGGAAGACAGCAUCAAAGGAGACUGGGGCCGAUGGUUGUUUGAAAUAAAGACGUUGAAUUCUCUUGAUGAGUUGGACAGUGAAAAUGCUGAAAAUGAGCGAGUCGGAGCAGAUGUGCGCAAACACUGCUUAGUGUUUGAAACCCAACCCAUGGAUUCUCUCAAGGAUGAUGCCAAUGCCAAACCUCAAACUGUUGAAGACAUUAUCGGAGGCAAUGUUAGAUCAGCAAGAAACUUCUUUGAAAGCAGCCCUCAAACUGAGAGGAAGAACUGCCCUGAAGUCGGAAAACUUCAAAAGACUUUAAUGAAUGGAGAAAUAAAAGGUGACGUCAGACAUCAAAAGUGGCGCUUUGAGAGUCAGCCCUUGGAGCACAUUCAAGAGAAAAAGAAGGAGAUAACACGUACCGUCAAUAUUGAAGAGGACCUCACGCAGGAAGAUGGCACGAGUUGCAGGGCAGAUGUUCGUAAAAACUGCUGGGUGUUUGAGACUCAGCCAAUGGACACGUUAAAAGAUAAUUCAAACAGCCUCUCCUUGACAAAAGAGGAUAUCAUUGCAGGAGACGUGAAAUCAGCCAGGCAUUACUUCGAAACAAUCCCGAUUGAAGAACUUAAGGAGCUAGCAGAGGUGGGCAAACUAAAAAAAAGAGAUGAACUGGAAGAGGAGAGGGGAGAUGUUAGACAUCAAAAAUUGCGUUUUGAAAGCCAACCUUUGGAGCAGAUCCGAGAUGAAAAGAAAGAAGUCGUCCGAACAAUCGAUCUGGAAGAAAUUGACAAAGUGGACGUAACAAACUACAAGCAAAUGUUUGAGAGCACAGAAUUAAACAGAUGGGAUGAGUCUCAAAGGAUCCUUGUGGAAGGCAUCACAAAUGGCUCAGUGCAAUCUAACAAGAAUCUCUUUGAGUCGGGGCUAUCAUACGCCAUGCAAGAUAGCUCAGGCCACUUCCAUGAAGUGAAAACUGUGCGUCACGAGGAGGUGGUGAGCGGUGACGUUACAACAUACAAAUGGAUGUUUGAAACACGACCAAUCGACCAGUUUGAUGAAAGCAUCGACAAAUACCAACUUAUUAAGGGUAUAUCCAAACAGGAAAUAGAAUCCGGUGAUGUUAAAACUGCCAAGUGGCUCUUUGAAACACAGCCUCUGGAUGCCAUUAAGUACUUCAGCAACAUUGAAGAUGAGGAAAAGGAAAGUCAAAGCCAAGACAUUAUGAAAGGAGAUGUAAAAACCUACAAGUGGCUAUUUGAGACGCAACCAAUGGACACCAUGUAUGAAAAAUUGGACAUGAAGAGUGAAAGUCAAUGUGAAGAAAUGCCAAAGGGAGAUGUAAAAUCAUGCACAUGGCUUUUUGAGACACAGGCACUUGAUACCAUACAUGAGACAGAGACCAUACUGAAAACAUGCACUGUGAAUCAAGAAGACAUUCAAGGAAAAGACGUAAGAACGACGUGUUUUCUGUUCGAGACAGAGAAACUGGAAAAUCUCUCUGGGGAGGAUCGUAGCGCUUUCAAGCACAUCACAGAGAUUGACAUUGCAUCUGGAGAUGUGUCAAGAAAGAAGUACAUUUUUGAACACAACACAUCCGACAUCAUGACAUCAACGUCUGAGGAAGUGAUGCAACAUAUCAAGAGGGAACGGACAGAAGACAUACAAAAAGGAAAUGUUGUGACCUGCAAAUGGCUCUUUGAAAACCAAUCCAUAGACAACAUACACGAGGGGCAAGAGGACUCAGUGAGAGGCCGCACUGUAACGGACGUACACAGAGGAGAUGUCGACAAGGGUCGCUUCAUCUUUGAGACCUUCUCCUUGGAUCAAAUUAAGGUGGCAACCUCUGAAACGGACCUGUCCACAACACAGAUUGUUUGCAAUGACGAAGAGAAGGGCGAUGUGAGAAAUUACACCAUGAUGUUUGAAACUCAGCCACUUUAUGCCAUUCAGGACAAAGAUGGUUAUUACCACGAGGUCACCACUGUCACGAGCGAAGAGGUGACACGGGGAGACGUAGUCGGAACACGGUGGUUGUUUGAAACCAAACCGCUUGACGCUAUUAAGGACUCAAACGAGGUUUACAUCUUAAAAUCAGUGACACAGGAGGAUGAACAAAAAGGAGAUGUGACCUCUGCAAAGUGGAGGUUUGAGACACAACCUCUGGAUAGGAUUUCGGAAGAUGAGAAGCCGUUGAUGAAGACUGUGGAUGACAUUCAAGGUGGCAAUGUAAAGAUGAAUAAAGAACAUUUUGAGUCUGAGACUACGUCGCAGGAGUCUGUCAGAACAGUCAACGUAAGUGAAAUACAGAAAGGAGACGUCAGGACAGCCAAAUGGAGAUUUGAAACCCAGUCAAUCGACAAAAUAAGAAGUCUGAGCUCAGAAAACCUUAUUGAGACUGUUAAAAAGGAGGAGGUAGAAAAGGGAGAUGUGAAGCAUUCCGUUUGGCUCUUUGAGAAAAAUCCUCUCGACCACAUCAAAGAGGUGGAUGAAGACGAGGAGACACAUGUCACUCAAGAGGAAAUUCUCAAAGCAGAUGUAAAGUCAACAACGUGGCUCUUUGAAACUACACCUUUUGAUGACUUUAACGAGACGAGAACAGAGAAGACAGAAAUUCUGGGGAAGAGUGUCAAGGGAACGCUUGAGAAGCUUUACAGUCAGAAAAUGGUGACAUCGAAAGGAAUACUUAUUGAAUCUGAUGAAAUUGGCGACGUUAGGAUGGCAAAAUAUCACCUAAUGAAUCAGCAAACUCCGGAGAUUCAGAGAGAGGAAGUUAUCAGGGGGGAUUUGCAGACUAUAAUGAUGAAUCUUCUAAACAGGCAGGAAAAACAGAAGCGGCAGGUGGUCAUCAAGUCUGAAGAGAAGGGUCAUAUCAGUACAACAGUGCAGCAGCUAUUCAACCAAGAUAGCACUAGCAGUAUUGAAAAGGAAGACAUUAUAAGAGGGGACAUCCAGGAAGCCAUCCAUAACCUAUUUAAUGAAACCGGCUCAGCCAAACAUGGAAUUCUCAUUCAGGAGGAUGAGAAAGGAGACGUUCGGAUGACCAUAUAUUCCCUUCUAAACAAACAAGACUGUGUUGAUGUUGAAAAAGAAGGUGUUGUAAGAGGUGACAUAAAGAGUACUCUGCAAAGACUCUCCAGCCAAGAUCAGCCCGAUCUGACAAAGAAGAUAACCAUAGAUGACACUGAGAAGGGAAAUGUCCAUUUUUAUUCCACAUGUAUCGAAUCUGGGGCCCUCACUUAUCUAAAACAGCUCCAUUCAGAACCAGAUGAAGAGCCGACUGACACGUUCGAGAAAGAAAAGAUUAUUGGAGGUGAUAUUGAGGGCACCAAAGUCAUCCUCAGUCGCAACCAAACUCAAAUCGAGCGCACAGUGGAUGACAUCAUAGCUGGCGAUGUUUAUAACACGGUGAAAAUUUUCAUGACGGAGCCCAUCUUGUCAUUAGAGAGUCCCCAAAAGGAGGAGAUCGUUAAAGGAAAUUUGAAAGCUGCUUUGACUUCAUUGUCUGAGUCAGUUAACCAGACAGUUGUUGUGGAGAAAGAGGAGGUGGUGAAAGGCAACAUACCCAAAACUAUGCAAUGCCUGGAGAGAGCGCAAAAAUGUCACAAAGAAACGGACAAGCCACAUAUCAUUCCUGGAAAUAUCAAGGGAGCUCUGAAAUCUCUUGAGGAAUCUGUAACUUCCCGAGUAGAAGCUGCUAUUGAGGAUCUCGUCCCUGGAGAUGUUAAAGCCACAUUAAGAUCUCUUGAGCUGGCCAAGAAGUCGGUGCGGGAAUUGGAAAAAGAAGAAAUUAUGAAGGGCGAUAUUCACACAGCAAUACAAUGCCUACAUGACGCGUCUGCUGAUAAAAGAACAUGUCAACAGGAGAUAGAUGUGCAGGGAGAUGUCAAAAGAACAAUUAAGCUUUUAAUGGAGCCUCCAUCUUCACCCAAAAUGCAAAGGAGCUCGAGUAUUGAAGAGCUGAAAGGUGGUGUCAAGAUGUCAAUGAAAUCUUUAUAUGAGACACAAGAGCAAACUGAGGUAGAAAAAGAAGAAGUGGUGAAGGGUGAUGUGAAAGGCACCAUUAAAUCACUGUUGGAAACGGCACAGCGUGAAAGUCCCAAAGUGAGACAGGGCGCCUACAGAAGAGUGCGAGUGAAACAGAGGCCUCCUGACAAGAAUCUAAAUGCUGAAGCACAGAGGAAUAUACAAAAAAUUAAAACUGCUGCUUCAGCUGAAAGUCAGUCUGUCAUUAACGUGACUGAAACGAUUCAAUCAAACUCUUGUACAAUGGAGCAGAGCAAAAAGCAAUCAAAAUCUGUAGUGGAGCACAAAACUAUUACACAAAAUCACGGCAUUAAAACAUUGAAAACAGACUUUUGCAAUCUGAAGGCAAAAGGAAUGAUACGAUUAAAUAAAACCAACGUGGAAACCAAUGUUUACACCCUGAAAGGACAGACGUCAGAGCCUGAUCUGCCUCUUCCUCCACCACCUCCACCUGUGGUAGACAUUGACCUUCCCCCUCCACCUACGCCUCCUCCACCCUCGGUCAACUCUGACAUUGACCACCUUCCUCCUCCACCGCCACCACUUACCAAUGAGCAGGACUUCCUCCCACCACCUCCACCUCAGCAAGAACUGGAAAUAAUUCAAGCGCAGGCAGUUAAUGUCUCACCAGCGAAGACCAAAAAGAUGAGAGUCAAGAAAGUCAAAGCUCCGACCUUGUGCCCUGUGCCAAAGCUUGAGUCUAAAGUGGAAUCAUACCACGUAGCAGGAGCGAGCAAGUCCAUAAUUACUGCACGCACAUCAACAACAACUGAAGUCCCUCCCCAACCAGAAUCACCACAGCCGCCAAGGAAAGUUUGCAUUUCUCCUAUAAAAUUCACUCCUCCUCCUUCCCCUCCACCUCAAAUGAGAGGGAAAGCGAGUAAAUUUAACACCGCAUUAAUUAAAGCAGAGGAAAAGUACCGGAAGUUGAAAGACGAAAACACUCCUCCAAGCACUCCAACUCCUCCCUAUAUAAAUAACACACUUACUGCAGGGCUUCAGAUCAUUACUACUGGAGAUUUAAAGCAGACAAAUAACUUACCCAUGGUAACACAGAGCUCAGCUGUGGGGAUUAAUUCAGACUUCUCAACAUCCAAGCAGAUUGCUGUCACCAACACCAUCCAGGGCAACAUCAGCACCAGUCAGGAAACAACACUCGCAGGGUCGACCACAAUAUCAUCUGCCAAGCAGGAAAUGGUUGCUAAUGAGACCUCUAAAGGUGUCUCUUUUCAAAAGACCUCCUCUAUGACUUCCAUGAGACAAGAGACUAACGCAACGACAGCACAAAAAAUUGUCUCUGUUUCCUCCAAACUGUCAACUCAGACAGCCACCCAAGUCCUGGGUCUACCCAAAACAGGAGAAGAAACUACUGAUGAGAAGAAAAAUGUGGAAGGUCUGAAAGUAAAGGGAUCUGAGAAAUAUGAAAGAAAAAAAGAUGAAUCAGUGGCCUUUGUUCAAAAAGUGAAACAUGACACAAGUAAGCCGAAUUUAAAGAAACUCCAAAUGGAGACCAAGACAAAGGAGAAACCAGAAUUACACAAUAAAACAGAAACGUCAGAGAAAAAUGCUAGAUUACUUAAAUUUAGUAAAUCUGAUGAUAAAACCACAGGUGAAGAGAAAGUUGCUGAUAAAUCGAAGACAACGGAAAAGGCAGAAGCUACUGUGAAAAUUAAAACAGCUAAAACACAUCAAAAGAUGCGAAAGAGUAAUAAGCAUGAAAAGCAGGUUGAUCUGAAGAUGGCAGAAGAGACAGAGACACAGGUGGGUGUGAAGCUUCCUGUUGAGGUGAAAGUAAUCAAUGAGUCUAAAGAGAUGAAACCAGAAUUAAAGCUGGAGAUAAACGCAGCUAAUGCUGUUGCGAUAAAUAUAAUUGACAGCCAACCAGAAACUUCAACACCAAUAAAGAAGAAAAAGAAAUCCAAAAAAACAAAAGGGGUUGCACAAUUUGGUCAAAAUAAAGACGCUGACAUAGAAUCAAAGGCAGCCAUUUCAGAAACGUUGAAUCAAACACUAGAAACAAUUGCUGCUUCCCUAAUGGACACAAGAGUUACAGAAGAGCACUUUCAAGUCAAGAAUGAAGCGGUAAAGGCUGAAAGCAAAGGGGAUUACAACUCACAGCAGAAAAAGAAACCUCAAAAUCAACUUGUGGGAUGGCAAAAGAAGAAAGCAGCGACAGUUGUUCAGAGCAGUGCACAGACUCAGCAGGAAGAAAGUCAAGCUGACCCAAAUAAAGUGUCCCUUGAGUCAGAGCAAAAUGACAAGGUAAAAUCAACAUCAAAAGUGGAAGCUCAAAAGCAACUAGUCCCAGGCUUUUUUUCGUAUAUCACAGGUAUCCAAACAAUUUCCAAAACUGUGAUCGGUACGGUGGCAGAUUGCCUCACAAGCCCACAAGUGCUUGACAAAACAGGGCAGUCCAUUGCAGAAACAACUCCAAAAGCUGAUAUGAAGGAAAAACAUGAAUGUGAGACAUUGGCUGAGUCGGCUACAUGUACCAGAAUAUCCAAGAUCAGCGUUGGUUCUACCAAAGUCCAGACCCAAACAAAGAGAGAGACCUUGCAUGAGAGAAGGAACGAAGAAACAAGUCAAGUCAAGUCUACUGAUUUUCGCGCACCCUCGCCAUCAUUGAGGACACGCCCUCCCUCACCUACGUUUAUCACCAUCGAGUCUGUCCGAAGGACAGAUUCCCCCCAGAGAGUCACUCCGUCACCUACGCUGCUGCACAGGCCAGCCACACCUCCCCCGCCCCCACGGCGCAGCGGCGAAACCCCAACGGCACGCCUCACGAGAAUUACACCCUCUCCGACGUUUGACAAAGCUGAGAAUUUGGAGAGGCUGAAAGACACGACAGUGAAGCUCUCACGCGGUAUCACACCACCUCUGCUAAUUUCUCCACAACUGAUCUGUGAAAAGAAAUCUGAAAUUGUGGAAACACCUUCAUCAUUCCAUCGGCAGAUCAAACUUGAGGCCACCGGCCACUCAGAAGAGAUGCUCUGGAAGACUUUUUCAGCAGAACCUGCAAAGAUAGAAAAAGAUACAUCAGAAGAUCCGGAGACUUUGAAUGCAAAAAACUUCCAGAGUAGCUCUGAGAUCAAACUUCCACUUUGUAAUGAUGUCCCUGAAGAGACAUCUGAGCUAUCAUUAGCUUCAGUUAAAGAAAAAAGAGAGUUCUUUGAGGAGGCCCAAAAAGCUGAAAUGAAUAAAAGCUACAUACGCAAGGAACCUAUUGCUAUUCCUGAACGACUGGGCCCAGACCUGGAGGAAAGUGAACAGGAACAUUUGCAUGAAGUAAAGGCCAACCCUCCUAUGGCGGACCUUGUAAAACAAUUAGAAUCCACAGAAACAAAUAUUAGAAGGGAGUUCAUCCCACUUGACGAUGAUGCGGAAGAUUGUAUCAAAGAGAUAGAUGAGGGAAUGCCAACUUUCAAUAUUCAAGCAAUUAGGAAUGUUUUUGAAAUGGACGAGCAGAGUUUCUUUUUAGAUGAAGAGAAAAGGAAUGAUGAGGAGCCGAUCUCAAGCCGACAAGAAGCACCAGCCAACACGUCAAAGCUGCAAAGUCCUCCGGAAAAGCAAGGAGGCUUUGAGCAGAGCACGACCCUCCUUCCUCAGAAAAAUGUGCUAGAAACUAUACCCACAAAUUCAUCAGCACUUUCUGAAAGUAAAUCAAUCACAGAGCAUUUCUCAAACGUUGAUGGAUUGGGGAGCAAGGUCACCACGACAAUUGUCAGUCAGCAGUCUGGCAGCGCGUCAAGACAGCCGCCGCCUUUCUCCUACGCUGACGCCGUGAAAAGGAAAGCUGUGGGGGCAAGGAGAGCACAGACUUAUGACGAAGAGGCCACAGAGAACUUGCUGAAGAACUUUCACCAAACAUGGACAGAAAGUGAGACGGUUUUCAAGAGUCUCGGCUGCGCCGUCUCAAAGGAGAUGACAUCACAGGUGGUGUCGCAUCGUCAGACGAGCAGUGUCUCUGACUCAGGUUCUCAAGUCAGAGCUCUGCCCGGUGUGUCGAAGGAGGGUCUAUCCGAUGGAUGGAUGGAUUGUGGACAGAAAAAAGUACCAUAAGUCCUGUUUCUUCUGUGAGCACUGCAAAACUAAAUUAAGCCUGGCAAAGUAUGUCUCUCUCCACGGACGCUUCUUCUGUCUGCACCACUACAAACAACUUCUCAAGUCCAAAGGGAUGUACGAUAAUAGAGUAGAGCAGAGAUGCAAUGGAUCCAUCCCUGCAGACCACAAACUCGGA